AUGCUCUGUAUCUGGAGGACUAGUUGCCAAGUGGUGUGCUAUAAGCUCCUACCAGUGGACCAAACCAUCACGGCAGGUCUGUACUCGCAGCAGCUGGAACAUGUGCAUCAGGCACUGAUGCAUAAAGAGGCAGCAUUGGUCAAUCGUAUGGGUGUACUCCUCCUCCAUGACAAUGCAAGGCCAUAUGUGGCUUCGAAGGUCAAAGACACCAUCCAGCAACUGGGAUGGGAGACACUACCCCAUCCACCAUAUUCCCCAGAUCUUGUGCCAACAAACUACCACCUUUUCCAUACUUUGAACAACCAUCUUCAUGCGAAAUCCUUCAACAAUGGGCCACACCUCAAAAAGGCCCUCACAGACUUCUUUGCAUUCAAGACUCCCGAGUUUUACCGUGAUGGCAUUGCACAGCUAGCCACUCAUUGGCAAAAGGCACUGGAUGCCGAUGGUGAUUACUUUGAGGAUUAG